AUGCUGUGCCACCACACGACGAUUUCUUGCCGGUCGAUGCCAGCUCUGCAAUACAUGCAACCGGGGGCACGAGCCAGGGGCGUCUUAACCGCAAAUUCGCAGAGCGAGGCUCAAAGGGGGAAUCUGCGCGCGGCAUCAGCCAGCAGGCCUACGUCUGCGCCAACUGCCUUUGUUCAGCGCCAAGAAUCUCAGCGCAAGACUCCCAGAGGCGCCACACAAGCCAUGGCGAUGCGCUCCGCUCAACCAAGCCUUGAUGACAGUGUGGGGUACACACCAUCUCGUGGUAAGGAGGAUCUCCAUGGGCGCCGGGCCUUCGUUCCCGACUCCCUGAUUGACUGCUCUGAUCAGUUCAGUGACGCUGUAUCCGGCCAGCCAGUUCUAUGCUUGUUGAUAAGAUUACACCGAUUGAUGCGAGCCAAAGGCCGAUGCGGUGCAGCUGGGCUGCUACUGAACAAGGGCACCCUUGCCCUUCCUGGUUGGCAGAUGAAUGAGCCCCGCGUCGAUCCGGGGUCGCAGGGUUUCGCAGUGAACACUGCUGUGCUGUGCUGCUGCCCUAGGGUGCCAAGUUCCAUGAGGUCACCUGAAUUGAUGCCCAUCAUCGGCGAGCUGGCUUUUGGCCUUGUUGUAGAGUCGCUGGGGUCCUCCCAACUCGCGACGCGGUAG